AUGGCCUCCUCAUCUUCGAAUGUUGUCGGUGUCCACUACCGGGUGGGCAAGAAAAUCGGCGAGGGAUCAUUCGGUGUAAUAUUCGAGGGGACGAACCUGUUGAACAAUCAACAAGUUGCUAUCAAAUUCGAGCCCCGAAAGAGCGAUGCACCUCAGUUGCGAGAUGAGUACCGAACAUAUAAAAUCCUUGUUGGUUGCCGUAAGAAUGCCAAAUCUGUCGAUAGAAAGCUCAGAACUGACGCGAAGACAGCUGGAAUCCCUAAUGUUUAUUACUUUGGCCAAGAAGGCCUACACAAUAUUCUGGUCAUCGACCUACUUGGGCCUUCACUCGAGGACCUAUUCGACCACUGCAAUCGGAGAUUUUCAAACAAGACUGUUGUAAUGGUAGCGAAGCAGAUGCUGUCGAGGGUUCAAACAAUUCACGAGAAGAACCUCAUCUACCGAGACAUCAAGCCCGAUAACUUCCUCAUUGGUCGACCCGGCUCGAAGUCAGCUAAUGUGAUACAUGUGGUGGAUUUUGGCAUGGCAAAACAAUACCGAGACCCGAAGACAAAACAACACAUUCCCUACCGCGAACGAAAAUCUCUCUCUGGAACUGCGAGAUAUAUGAGUAUCAAUACACAUUUGGGACGUGAACAAUCAAGACGAGACGAUCUCGAGGCUUUAGGUCAUGUUUUCAUGUAUUUUCUCCGAGGAGGCUUACCAUGGCAAGGUCUCAAGGCUGCUACAAACAAGCAGAAGUACGAGAAGAUUGGAGAGAAGAAGCAGACGACUGCGAUCAAGGACCUAUGUGAGGGUUUCCCGGAGGAGCUCAACAAAUAUCUGAGUUACGUUCGUAAUCUUGGCUUUGAGGAUACCCCUGACUACGAUUAUCUCCGAGACCUCUUCACCCAAGCGUUGAAGAACACAGGCGAAGUAGAGGACGGCGAGUACGACUGGAUGAAGCUCAACAAUGGCAAAGGUUGGGAGGCCAUGAAGCAGCACCCAUCUCACAAUAUGCUACAUCACCCUAAUGCGGUCCCAGGUGCAUCGCAAAGAGAAUUACAUGGAACAACACGAGCAGGAAACAGCACACCUGGUGGCCUCACUACCGCCCGUUUAAACGCCGCGCAACCCCCGCCACCGUCCCCAAUCAAGCCGGGGAUGGGCAAAACGCGCGAUCGACCAAACGCCCAAGGCGGGUUGGUCCCAAAACGCAGCAGCGGAGCGGCGGGGGGGCUCCAAGACGUCGCUACUCCAACCGGCUCAACCCAGGCACAGUUCCAGAACAGCUCGAACAACCUGCCCCAGAGGAUGACGCCCCAACCAAACAUGAACCCACAACCCCAGAGCAGAAACCAGGACCCACAACCGACGGGCUUCCAGAAGUUCAUGAAGACCCUAUGCUGCGGUUAG